UCGGGCCCGAGUCUCCUCCUCCUCCCCGCUCACCUGCUUCCGACUCUCUGCUUCCGCACUCACCUGGAGUCGCGUCGUUCAAGGCAAAGAUCUCUCUGGUUCAGGGUGGGAAUGAGCCCGAGACAGGGGAAUCUGGAGCCCGGUCGGAGCCCGCACCGAUUCCCGGCCCUGUGGCUCUUCCCGCUGCUGUUACUUCCCGGUUCUGCUACUAUUGAAGUUUCUUUGAAACCAACUGUUCAAGGUUUCAUUGGAGAAGAUAUACAACUGAGUUGUAAGUUCAGAUCCUCCUCUCCCAUCACACAGCGUCUGACAGUGGACUGGUCUUUCCGGCCAGCAAAAAGCGGAUCAAAACAUGGUAUCCUGUACUACCACUCCGCGGUGUUCCCUGCCGCACAAGGCCCAUUGAAGGAUCGAGUCCUGUGGAACGGGAAUGUUAUGAACGGCAAUGCUUCCAUCGUCGUGAAGAAUCUGACACUGGUCGACAAUGGGACGUUCAGUUGUGUGGUCCAGAACCCGCCGGAUCUCAGCAGUUUUGUGCCGACUACUGUACUCACCGUCAUCAAGAGAGAGAUCCCGUUCCGACUGAGUGUGGUGGUGGUGCUGAUGCUGUUGGUGGUCGUCCCCACUCUGCUGGUGGUCACCCUGCUCCUGGUGCGGACCGCCAAGAGAUUUGAUAUCUGCGGAUCUAACGGCAGCAAGUCACCGAUUGAGGUGUUGGAAGGAGACGGUGAUGCCUCUGUUGAUGAUUUGAGGAGCGGUUGUUGCAGGCGAUGCGUUGCGUGUUUGCAGGAUUCCGACGAGGAAGAUGAGGAUUUCCAUCAUUUUUACCCCACGUCAGAGUCGGUUACAUAGCCUGAGGUGGUCCUUGUCUCAAUGGGUGUCCCCUGAUCAGUGUCAGGGAGGGAAUCAUCUUUCUGUCACCGCUCCAGCUAAUGCAUGAGUAGGGUGGGGGUGGGUCGCGUGACAUCCUAUCUUCUCUCUCGUGCUUGCUCUGGUAAAAAGGAUGAAUAAAUAUGUAUAUUUUUAAAUUGAGGGGGUGCUAAUUCUACAGUGAGAUUUUACACUGGUUAGCUCUAUAUCCAGUUUUUAAACCACAGAAACGUAUAUGUGAAUACGGAGCAGAUCCAUUAUAUCUAUAUGUACGAGGCCUACUCUGACAUUCAGUCAGACAUGGCUGAUCUUCUGCAACUACAUAUCUUUCAGAUAGGCACAUGGAUAUGCAGAGAAUAGAGAGAGUGCUGUGGAUCACAUCUAGGCGGAGGAUGCCAUCAUGUUUGGCAUGGACAUUAUGGGCUGAAGGGCCUGGUGCUGUGCCGUACCCUCUUUGUAGAAACAAGGGACCUGCAGAUAGUCUUGCAGCACGGAAACAGGCCCUUUUAACCCAACCUGCCCACAUCAACCAAUGUGUCCCAUCUACACUUACACCCACCUGCCUGCAUUGGGUCCAUACCCCUCUAAACUUGUCCUAUCCAUGUACUUGCCCAAAUGUUUUUUAAAUGUUGCUAUAGCACCUGCAUCAACCACCUCCUCCGACAGCUCGUUCCAGAAACGCUAGUUUACAAACAAAGAGACACAAAGUGUUGGAGGAACCCAGUGGGUCAGGCAACAGCAUCCCUGGAACAUGGAUAGGUGAUGGUUCAGGUCAGGGUCCUCCUUCAUAUAUGCCUAUGGUAUCAACUCAUUUCACCAUGUUCUCCCUGGUGACCUGCCCUUGGUACUCAAGCCCAUGGAUGGGCCUAUACGUGAUUUGUGACCUUGCCAAAGCUUUGCACUUUGCGCUAGAAAUCCGAUAAUCAGGCAGCCUGGGGACUUUGGUGAUUCUGGAUUUAGGUUUUUUUCCCCCAGAUUAUUGGAUGUUAUUCUUUUAAUAUGCAGUCCCGCAUUUAGUUCACUAUUUGUGCAUGUCACACAAUGGUGAAACAAUUGUUUCCGCGAAUCCUGUCAGUUUAAAGGGAACAGGAAGUGUACAUACACUCUGGUCCCCCACAACAAACCUACCCACAUUCCCAGCCCCUUGUGUUCCUGACCCCACACCCUGGCUUUGGCCCACACCAUUCCUGUUCCCUGGACCCAGUUCUAGACUAAUGAGUGAGUCAGAUGCCAAACCCUCAGAGUUUCUCAACAAUUAAGCUGUAGGAUUAUUGGAGUCUUGUCUGUGGAAAGGUCUAGAACAUUAGCGGAGGGACAUGAUAUGAAUUUCUCCGAAAUCUGUUUAAAAAGGACACAAAGUGCCAGAGUAAUUCAUCUCUGGAGAACACGGAUAGGUGAUGUUUCACGUAGGGACCCUUCUUCAGACUCCACCCUUCCUGAGGUCAUCUCUUGCCGGCCCUGUUUUGUUCUGGCCUUCCUUAUCUUUUAGUUUGGAGAAGGGUUCUGACCUGAAACGCCACCUAUUCCUUCUCUCCAGAGAUGCUGCCUGACCCACUGAGUUACUCCAGCGUUUUGUGUCUAUCUUCAUAGUGAUCCAGGAGCUCAGUGUUUAAUGGGGGAGUUGGCAUCCGUUUUAUAGAUACACACGUAUCACCCCAGGCAACAGCAAUACAUGAGCAAUGAUGAGUGGGUUAGGGGUUGCAGUCGCUAAAAGAAGAAGCUAAGCUUUGUGUAAAUGUCGACUGCAGCAUUAUUACCUGAAGUUGUUGGUCUCCAUGGUAACUUCGGAAGAGGGCAAAGAUCAAGUGCUGUUCCUCAAGUUCACCUUGACCUUCACAAUACAGGUCGUCCCAUCACCUGACUUGUGCAAAAACGCACAAACAAACGAGCUCCAUAAUAUGAUUAAACUCAAAAGUCCAACAUAUGUACAUUUCUGUAUAGCAGAACUAAUUUCCUCUCUUUCACCACCUCUAGUAAUUGUUCAGUCCUGUCCGCCUUGUGUGCUUUUGAUGCCACUCAUUGCAAUACUGCAGAAAUAUGGCUGAAAUAUCAGGGGAUUUUGUGCAUUCUGCAAUUUAUGGAAAAUUUGACGUCCGUAAAAACAGCAACCAAUCCCUGGAGUUGAGCAGGUUGAGCAGCAUAGUGUGUGUGUGUGUGGGGGGGAGAAAUAGUUAAUGUUUCAGGUUGAAACUAGGGCAGGAUAGUGUAUGGAUCGGUCGGUUUGGACUCGGUGGGCUGAAAUGCCUGUCUCAAUGCUGUAUCUCGAAACUCUCCUGCUGCUCCCUCAAUCACAGUCAUAUCUUUCUGUUCAUUCCUCCCUCUCCUUCCCCCCUCACUCCCUACCCUAAACUCAGUCACAGACAAGCAUUUCUCAUUUUUGUUCAUUUUCACGAAAGGUCAACUUGAAACAUUAACUCCAUUCCCCUCUCUAGCAUGCUGCCUGAUCUGCUGAGUGUUACGUGCAAUUUUAUGCUUUGUAUUUAACCAGCAGCUAUUAUCUGUCGUUAGUCUGGAUAUUAUGCUGAAAAUUAUGAUAUUUGUAUUUAUUUCCAUGCAGUUGGGUUUUAUAAUGGUCCUUGUAAAUGAAAUAAAAUGUAACUUAAAUAUAA